GCGGGCGCGGCGUGGGUAAAGGGGCUGCCUGGAGCGCGGUCCGAGCGUUCCACAGCCGCGCGGCUUCUCGCUCUUCGCUCGGGCCGCCCGUGCGCCGUUUUCCCCGCCCGGCGCGGUCACCUGGGAAACCAGCCGGGGGAGCCGGCAGAUCUGCAGCUGACUUCAUGGCAUCCGCGGAAAAAGCAGUUUUGGGGCCGUUGGUGGGGGCAGUGGACCAGGGUACCAGUUCGACACGUUUUUUGAAUAUUUCGAAGAUUCGAAAUUUUAGUUCCGAUACUGUACCCAUAGCAAAUAUCGUCCUUUCUGUGUUUCCCAGCAUAACAUGGGUGGAACAAGACCCCAAGGAGAUUCUGCAGUCUGUCUAUGAGUGCAUUGAGAAAACAUGUGAGAAACUUGGACAGCUCAAUAUUGAUAUUUCCAACAUAAAAGCUAUCGGUGUCAGCAACCAGAGGGAAACCACUGUGGUCUGGGACAAGUUGACUGGAGAGCCUCUCUACAAUGCUGUGGCUGCUCCAGUUUCUCCUGGCCCUUCAGUUCCAGUUGCCGUUGUUCCCUCUGGCUCCUCAGUUCCAGCUGCUGGUACUUCCUCAGUGUGGCUUGAUCUAAGAACCCAGUCUACCGUUGAGAAUCUUAGUAAAAGAAUUCCAGGAAAUAAUAACUUUGUCAAGUGCAAGACAGGCCUUCCACUUAGCACUUACUUCAGUGCAGUGAAACUUCGCUGGCUCCUUGACAAUGUGAGAAAAGUCCAAAAGGCUGUUGAAGAAAAUAGAGCUCUUUUUGGGACCAUUGAUUCCUGGCUUAUUUGGAGUUUAACAGGAGGAGUCAACGGAGGAGUUCAUUGUACAGAUGUCACAAAUGCAAGUAGGACAAUGCUUUUCAACAUUCAUUCUUUGGAAUGGGAUAAAGAGCUCUGCGAAUUUUUUGGUAUUCCAAUGGAAAUUCUUCCUAAUGUCCGGAGUUCUUCUGAGAUCUAUGGAUUAAUGAAAGCUGGGGCCUUGGAAGGUGUGCCAAUAUCUGGGUGUUUAGGGGACCAGUCUGCUGCUUUGGUAGGACAAAUGUGCUUCCAGGAUGGACAAGCCAAAAAUACGUAUGGAACAGGUUGUUUCCUACUGUGUAAUACAGGACAUAAGUGUGUAUUUUCUGAACAUGGCCUUCUAACCACAGUGGCUUACAAACUUGGCAGAGACAAACCAGUGUAUUAUGCAUUAGAGGGUUCUGUAGCUAUAGCUGGUGCUGUUAUUCGCUGGCUAAGAGACAAUCUUGGAAUUAUUAAGACCUCAGAUGAAAUAGAGAAACUUGCUAAAGAAGUCGGCACUUCUUAUGGCUGCUACUUUGUGCCAGCAUUUUCAGGGUUAUAUGCACCUUAUUGGGAACCUAGUGCACGAGGGAUAAUAUGUGGACUUACUCAAUUCACCAAUAAAUGCCAUAUUGCUUUUGCUGCAUUAGAAGCUGUUUGUUUCCAAACCCGAGAGAUUUUAGAUGCUAUGAAUCGCGACUGUGGAAUUCCACUCAGUCAUUUGCAGGUAGAUGGAGGAAUGACCAGCAACAAAAUCCUUAUGCAGCUGCAAGCAGACAUUCUCUAUAUCCCAGUAGUGAAGCCCUCCAUGCCAGAAACCACUGCACUGGGUGCGGCCAUGGCAGCAGGAGCUGCAGAAGGCGUGGGUGUUUGGAGCCUCGAGCCUGAAGAUUUGUCAGCAGUCACGAUGGAACGGUUUGAACCUCAGAUCAAUGCGGAGGAAAGUGAAAUUCGUUAUUCUACAUGGAAGAAAGCUGUGAUGAAAUCAGUGGGUUGGGUUACAACUCAGUCUCCUGAGAGUGGUGACCCUAGUAUCUUCUGUAGUCUGCCUUUGGGCUUUUUUAUAGUGAGUAGCAUGGUAAUGUUAAUCGGAGCAAGGUACAUCUCAGGUAUCCCAUAAAUAAUACCAACUCAUGGAUUCCCAAGAUGUGCGCUUUAUCCAUAAAGAGAGACUCCAGCAAUUCUAUCUCUUAAUGUGACAAUACUAUUCAUAGACUCUGAUUUUACGUAUAAGCCACUUGCUGCAUGAUCCUCCCAUUAGAACUGUGGCUUGAAGUAAAGAAAAUGCAGCAGAAAGAUUGCUACAGAGACAUUUGUUUUGUUUUCUAACAUUGCCACUUACCAUCAGGCUGGCCACCUUUGGGGCUGAUGCCCUCUGUUGUCGUAGCACCCUGCCCCAUUUCCUCUAAGGCCUAGGAAGGCUUCAUAUUCCAUCCGUUGAAAUCUUCCCUCAAAUGUGUUCAGGUGCUAAUAAACCUGGAUCUGACUCUCAGCACUACACAUAUCAGAUUAAGGAGUUACUACAAAUCUGCUAAAAACAAGGCAUGUUUUGUUUUUGACCAAACCCCCAAAGUCUUCUUUUGUAUAUCCUAUAAGGUCACAACAUCUUACCAAAUAUUACAGUGGAAACUUCUACUAAAUUAUUAAGACGACUGUUUAGUACUCUCAUAGCUUGAUAUUUUUCUGAUAAAAUAUUUGCCAAAACUGCAAUUCUUCAGGCAUUUUACAUUGUCUCCCUAAUUAUAAUGACCUUUGUCUGGAUCUUAUAGGGAAGAACACUUUUUUCUUUUUCCAUCUCUUGUUUAUAUUUUUUACUUUAUAUAUAUAACAUACAUGCCUAUGUAUUUUAUAUACAGAGCAGCCCAUUUAUAAAUUAAGAGCACAUUGUAUUCAGUAGGUUUAUAACAGGGCUGAUCUUAAGCAGACUACUAUGUAUGUAAAUAUUUGCAGGAAAACAGCUGUAUACUUUUUGGGGCAGUGGUUAUGCAUAUUACUUACAGGGAGAAUUUUUUUUCCUAACGAGCCAACACAUAAAAUUUAAGUACUAUAUGUUCUAUUUCAAUAAAAGAAAAUGUACU